AUGUGUCAGUACGUAGGUCCCAUGUCGAGCAAGGAGGCGCAGGGCAUCCAGAGUCAUAUCCAUAGUCUCGAGGCCCGCAUCCGCCAACUAUCGGCCGUCGAUGUCCCGUCGGUCACCAGCAACCCGGCGGCUCUGCCACAGCAGUCACGGUCGACAAUCGCAGCUGAGCAGGCAGAGGAUCCAUCGGCACCCCAGAGCAAUUACUCCGGAACCAUGCUGAUCAGCCCCGAGCAUGGCACGAGCUAUCGCGACCCCACCCACUGGCAGGCGGUGCUGGACGAAAUCGCAGAGGUAAAAGAAUACCUCCAGAUGAGCGAGGAUACUUCCCCCGAAGACGACGCGGAAGGGGAGCCUUCGACCCCCGACGCCUUGGGACCCGUCCUUCUGUUCGGGAAUACCAUUGCGACCACCAAGGCCGAUUUGCUGGCCGCGUUGCCGGCGCGGCCUGUCGCCGACCGCCUGGUUUCCUCGUAUCUGAAUUCGAAAGAGGCCCCUCUCGUCGUGAUGCACACCGCGACGUUUGCCAAAGAGUAUGCUGCUUUCUGGAAGAACCCCGACGAUGCAUCGAUCAACUGGUUGGCGUACCUGUAUAGCAUUCUCGCGGCCUCUGCCGGCUUACAUCUCUUCUCCACGGCCGGUCGCGCCGACGGGGAUCUGGCCGAGGCGUUCGACGAGUACCAUCGCCGCGCCGCGCACUGCCUCACCACGUCCGUCUACACGACCCCCGGACGGUACAAGCUCGAGGCGCUGGUGCUCACCGUCGCCGGCGAGAUUCUUCGCAGCACCGAUACUCACGUCGGUCCCUCCGUGCUCCUAGGGCUGGCCAGCCGGUUGGCUAUGCACGCGGGUUACCAUCGCGACCCGCGCCAUUACCCCGAGAUUUCGGUGUUCGAGGGCGAGAUGCGUCGUCGCGUGUGGAUGUAUAUCUCGCUUCUCGAUCACUACAUCUCCCUGCAAGCCGGUCUACCGCCGACGACCAUUCAGUCGCAAUCUGACACUGCCGAGCCUCUCAACCUGACCGACGACGACCUGGACCCGUCGAUGCCCGCACUGCCCGCGCCCCGACCCCCGACCGAGAAGACGCAUAUUCUGUUUCCCGCCACCCUGAACCGCAUCAUGUUUGUCGGAGCCGAGAUCAUCGGCAAGGUCUGUUCCGUCCGUGGUGUCCCCUAUCGUGAAGUCCGGCGGCUGGACGCGGCCCUCCGACAGCUGCAGGCGACGGUGCCCCCGCCGCUGCGAUUCCAGCCACUGAGUGACUCGAUCGCGGACGCGCCCACCACCAUCAUGGACCGCUACAAUAUCGACCUGAUGUACCAGAAGGCGCGCUGCGACCUGCAUCGGCGGUAUCUAGCCCAGCAUCGACUAGACCCCAGGUACGCGUAUUCGCGUCGGGAGUGCCUGGACGCCGUGCGCCGCGUGCUGCAGCAUCAGUCCGAUAUCUUCGACGCCAGCAGCCCCGGCGGUCAGCUCGGCUACGCCUCCUUCUUCUUUUCGCCCGUCGUCGUCAUGCACUUUCGCUCCGCCGCCAUGCUGGUGUCGUUGGAGAUCGCCUGCCAGUCGCGGCAUGACCUCAAGCAGAAUCUGUCGUCCGACCAGCGGCAGUCGAUCCUCGCGGAGCGAGCCCAGCUCUCGCACGACCUGGAACGAUCGUAUACCAUCUGGAACCAUCUGCGACACCAGUCCAAAGAAGCCCUGAAGACGGCCGAGGCGCUCCAGAUCAUGUUGAAGAUCGCCAAUACCCACCUGCAACAUGGCUCCACUCCGGGGCAAGACGAGUCUGCGGCAACGGGAAGCUUCAACAGCCAGACCCUCGCCGAGACCCUCACUCCCAGCGAUCAGGAUCAUCAAGAGUUGUUGCUCGAUAGCCAUGGCAUCAGCCCCUUGGACGUCAACCUCAUGGACGCGACAUUCUAUCUGGGACAGAAUGCGGCGGACCAGGCCCCAGACACGCGAUUUGCCGGCUCCACCGACGUUGUGGAUUUCUACGAUCGAUACUGGGAUAAUCUGAUGUUGUUAGGCGGGGACGAAGGCUUUAAUGAUUAUGUUCUGGGUGGUUCUCAUCCGAAUGUUUACGAGUCGAGUCUUCCCUAG